GAUAGACUAUAGUAAUAAGUACUUUUUCAUUACACUAAUUAUUGAGUCAGACAGACUAUUUUGUGCUACAGUUUUAUCUAAAAUUCAGAAAGAAAAAUGAAGAACUACUCCUCUUUCAUUUUUCUUCUCUUAAUAUUGCAACAUAUUUAUGCAAAUAAAAUCAUAUAUGGCUUGGAAGAAGAGGUGAAAAGAUCAGAUUUUCCAAUUGGUUUUCUUUUUGGAACUUCAACUUCUGCCUAUCAAAUUGAAGGAGCCUAUAUUGAAGAUGGCAGGAGUCUUAGUAAUUGGGAUAUUUUUACUCAUACCAAUGGUAGCAUUAGAAAUGGAGCAAAUGGAGACAUAGCUGAUGACCACUACCAUCGUUACCUGGAAGACGUUGACAUAAUGGCCUCACUUGGAGUAAAUGCCUAUAGAUUUUCCAUUUCCUGGAGUAGAAUUCUACCUAGAGGAAAAUCAGGGCAAGUUAAUCCUGCUGGAAUCAAGUUUUACAAUAAUGUCAUUGACAAUCUCUUACUCAAAGGAAUAACACCAUUUGUGACUAUCCAUCAUAAUGACUAUCCUCAAGAAUUUGAGGACAGAUUUGGUGCCUGGCUCAGUCCUUUAAUGCAGGAAGAAUUUGUGCACUUUGCAGCAACAUGUUUCAAGAAUUUUGGGAAUAAAGUGAAGUAUUGGGCUACUAUAAAUGAGCCCAAUUUAUAUUCAGAACUAGCCUAUAUGAAUGGAUUAUUUCCACCAGUCCAUUGUUCUCCACCAUUUGGGAAUUGUUCAUCUGGUAAUUCAGAUACUGAGCCUUUACUUGCUGUUCACAACUCAAUAUUGGCCCAUGCCAAGGCUGUCAAAAUUUAUCGUGAGCAUUUCCAGGUGGAACAAGGUGGGAUGAUAGGAAUGGUGGCCAGUGCUUAUAUGUAUAAGCCAAUAACAAAUGAUGAAGUUGACAAGAAAGCUGCAAUUAGAGCUUUGACUUUUCGUGUGGCUUGGCUUCUUGAUCCUCUAGUACAUGGAGAUUAUCCAAUAGAAAUGCAACAUUAUCUUGGUAAAGAUUUACCAAGAUUCAGCUUUGAAGAGAAAUUACUUAUAAAAAACAGCACAGAUUUCAUAGGACUUAAUCAUUAUUCAACUUUGCUGGUCCAAGAUUGUCUUUAUUCAAAUUGCGCAUGCAUGCAUGACAAUAAUCCUACAUGCACCCAUGGUGAAAAUCGAGCAAUCUCAGGUUUUUUGCUAACUGCUGGACAGAAUAAAUAUGGUGCCUUCAUAGGAGAAGAGAUGGGAAUGGCUGGAUUGUAUGUGGUUCCACAAGGCAUGGAGGAUAUUGUUGAUUAUAUUAAGAAGAGAUACAAUAACCUGCCUAUAUUUGUGACUGAAAAUGGGUAUGCUUCAAAUGAGAAUCAAGAAGGAGAAAAUGACUUGGACAAAGACAUUUAUCGAGUUAAAUUUCACAAAUCUUACCUUGCAUCUUUGGCUCGAUCAAUCAGGAAUGGUGCUGAUGUGCGUGGUUAUUUCAUAUGGAGUUUCAUGGAUAAUUUUGAGUGGAAAUUUGGUUACACUAUUAAAUAUGGGCUUUAUCAGGUUGAUCCUCUAACAUUGGGCCGAAGCCCAAAACUAUCAGCCCAUUGGUAUAGAGAUUUUCUCACUAACACUAGCUUCAAUAAUAUACAAAUAACCAGCUCAAUAUAAAAUAAUUUAUCGCGUGAGAAUUGUACAAUAAUUAGUUGGACUAUUAAAUUAUGACACGAGAGCUUUGUAUUAUUGAGAAACUCCAAAAUUAUUAUUUGUAUAAAAGGUUUUUUGAAACUCGCUCUGGGCGAGGCACUUGUAAAACUCUGAGAUUCGUACGUGGUGCUUACGCCUUAAGCAU